AUGAACUCUCCUAGGCAUCAAAUUGGGCAUGGAAUAACUGUCGCAUCCAUUGCUGGGAAUUACAUAGACAAGGUUUCUUAUUUUGGGUAUGCUAACGGAACCUCUAGACGUCGCGCCCGAGCUAGGAUAGCAGUAUAUAAGGUUGACUGGGAAGAAGGAUGCAAUGAAUUGGAUUUUCUUUCCGGAAUAGAAAAUGCCAUUGCUGAUGGUGUUGAUGUUAUUAUCAACAUCUCCUUAGGAAUGGAAGAGUCCACCAUGCUUACAAAUGUUAUAUUAAUGGGAACAUUCGCUGCCAUGGAGAAAGGCAAAUUGAAGCAGCCGAGCGCCACACAGGCGGAGAUCCGGCAGAUUGAAAGGGUUAGGCUGAGGGUUCCUGCCGUUGAGAGGGUGUACCCGAAGUUUCUCUUUACCGCCAACCUCAUCAAGGCCCAGCUUGUCAACCCUGCCGAGAGCACUGUGAAGCCAGACGUAAUGGCACCCGGGUCACAGAUUUUGGGUGCUCGGGUUCCAAAUAAACCAGCAGGCUAUGUGCAAUGGUUGGAGUUUCCUUCCUUGGCUUCUCCCCAUGUUACUGGCUUGGCUGCACUUCUGAAAAGCGCACAUCCAAAAUGGAGCCCGCCUGCUAUCCGAUCUACCAUAUUAACUGCUAAUCCAUUUGAUAAUAGACAAACUCCGAUUCAAGAUGCGGGCAACAAUUUUCCAUUUGCUUCACCUCUAGCCAUGGGGUCGGGUAUGAUUUUAGCACGAACAUUUGGAGCUUAUCAAAUACAGCACGUGGAAUCAAGGAGUAAGAAGAAUUAA